AUGUCUAAUCUACGACGAUCCUUAUUUGUCGCUGAAAGUUUUGUUUUUAUCUAUUUUAAUCCAAAUAAACUUGAAAAUCAAGAAUUUAUUUCGCGAUGGUGUGAUAGCUUGCUUUAUCCGAUACAAACAUUCGAUGAUAUGGAUUUAUGCGUUGAUUAUCUGACUGAUUUGCGCGAUCAAGUAUUCCUUAUUUUAGCUGAUAUAUCGUGUGAAACGGUUGUUCCACUCAUUCAUGAUUUACCUCAACUUGUCCAUAUUUACAUCGUAUGUGAAAAAAUCACCGAAGAGGAAGAUUGGAUGAAGUCUUGGAAAAAAAUUCAGAUCAUUUCGAAUGAUACUGUAGUAAUGUUUGAUCAAUUUCAUCGUCAUGUCCGACAUGCGAGUGAGAGUUCAGUUCCCGUCAGCGUUACUAAACCAUCAUCGCCAACAAAUCCAAACAAACUCGAUCCCUCAUUCAUGUAUUCUCUAUUAUUAAAAGAGGUCAUCCUCCAAUUCGAGUAUAAUGAAAAGGCUAAGAAGCAAUUCGUAGACUUUUCGCGAGAGAAUGCUUCAAAAUUCAUGACUUCAUUAGCGAAAAUCGAUGAAUUCGAACAGCACUAUACUUCUCAAUCAGCAAUAUGGUGGUACACAAAGGAACCAUUUAUUUAUUUCACAAUGAAUCAUGCUUUGAGAACGAACAAUGUUGACGUGAUUAUGAAAAUGGAUUUUUACAUUCAAGAUCUUUAUCGAGAGCUAGAAAAGCUGCGAUCAAAUGCAGAGCAAAAUACAAAGAUAACUCUCUAUCGAGGACAGGGCAUGUCCAUUACUGAAUUUCAGUAUGUACAAUAUGGCGAAGGUAGUUUUCUUUCAUUUAACAGCUUCUUAUCCACGAGUUGUACGAAAUCUAUAUCUUAUUUUUUUGCUGAUGCUGCUCGACAUAAUCCGGAUUUGGUCGGAGUUUUAUUCAUCAUGGAAAUCGAUCCAUCUUUCUCAACAGUACCAUUCGCAUCACUUGACGGUUUGAGUCAUCAUGGUGAGGAGCAGGAGAUUUUAUUUUCGAUGAAUACGAUCUUUCGCAUUGCCAAAACGGAAAUCAUCGACGAUCGUUUAUGGGAGGUGAAUCUGAUCUUGACCGAUGAUACUGACCCACAAUUAACCGAACUCACGGAACAUAUUCGAAAAGUUACUGACGGAUCAGGAGCAAUUUGCCAAUUGGGUUCCUUAAUGAUUGAAAUGGGUCAACACGAUCUAGCUGAAGUGUACUACGUUGAAUUAUUGGACAAAUAUGCCGCUGAUAAUAAUUAUGAAUCACUUGCUCAUAUGCACAACCAAAUGGGAUAUCUCUGCUACGAUAAGAAUGAUCUAUCAAGGGCAACUUUUCAUGUCAAUCGAUGUCUUGAGAUCAUAUCGCAGCAUCUUCCAUCAGAUCAUCCUAUCCUUGCAGCAGUUUAUAACAGUCAAGGAAUGAUUUUCAAACGAGGCAAGUAA